UUACCACGCUACGCCACAAAACCACCGUGUACAUUUAACAUUUUGUAGUAUCUGUCUAUCUACCGUCAAGUGCGGACAUGAUGGAGUGCGUUAGUGGUUCUUCGUCUGACGAAUGGGAAGAAGAGUUGGAGGAAUGUGCUGCUGCAGUAGUUGCAUUAACCCUUUAUAGGUUACUGGUCGAUAUUUUAACCAAGUCUGAAAUUAUACUUUAUCAGACACACAGCGGUCUAAUAUUCAACCAGAUGUUACCACGCGCAUUGCAUACUGGUUAAAAAUUCGACCAGUGCUUAUAUGCGCAUGACUUAGAAAGCACGUGGAAAUAAGUGGUCAAAUAUCCAACCAGUAUUCUUCUAGUGCUGAUAGAUAGUUUUUGUGUGUGUUUACAUAUUUUGGUUUAUUUCGAGGAACACUUGAAGAACAUCAAUAAGAAUUGGUAGGAAGGAUAAUAUUAGUAUAACUUUCGACAUAACCCUCUAAAUUGAGAUACAAUAAGUGAAAAAUGGAUCCUAAUAAUACAAUCAUAAAUCUAGUGGAAUUCGAAAAAUUAUCAUCUGCAGAACAAGCUCAGUGGUUAGACAGUAUUACUGAUGAUCAAGCAAUCAAUUCUGAUGAAGGUGGAGAUUCAGAUGCUGAUGAUUUCCCUGAGUUUACUCCUUUGCCAGCCAACACAUCUCGCCGGCAAACAAAAAGGAGUUUUGAUGAAAUAAGUGGCGAUUUUGAUAGCGAUGAUUCUGUAGCCGAUCCUAACUUCUAUCCCGAACAAGAAGCAUGUCAGGUCCCUGCAUUUGAUUCAUCUUCGGAUGAUGAUGAGCCACUAGUGAAUCUGGUUCAUAGAUCAUCCACUGUCACUGAUGUUCAGAAUUCUCAAGAACAAGGCAACGACUUUCUGUGGACAAAAUCACCUUAUCUGCCACAUGCUUUUCAGUCAGUUACAUUCCAUGAAUUUCCCGGCCCCAGGAUUUCGAUCAGUGACUCACCCAUUGAUAUCUUUUCCAAAAUUUUAGGAAAUGACUUCCUAGAAAAAAUUGUCACUGAGACAAACCGUUACGCAAUCCAAAACAAUAACGCUAUUGAUUUGACUGUAGAAGAGUUGAAGGCUUUUAUUGGAAUGCUAAUUAUAAUGGGUUUCAAUCCUUUACCAAGUUUGCGACUCUACUGGUCAUCUGAUCCAAAUUUUCAUAAUUCAAGGAUUUCGGCCAUAAUGCCUCUGAAAAGGUUUCUAAAGAUUCUACGAUUUUUACACAUCAAUGAUAAUGAAAAUAUGCUCAAAAAAGGAGAAGCCGGUUUCGACAAAUUACAUAAAGUCAGGCCGAUGAUUACAUAUUUGUCAGAUACGUUUCUGAAUGUUUAUACGCCAGCCCAAAAUUUAGCAGUCGAUGAAAGCAUGGUUGCUUUCAAAGGCAGGACGCACUUGAAACAAUAUAUGCCACUCAAACCUAUAAAGAGGGGUAUCAAAAUCUGGGCGCUAGCUUGUUCUAAAACAGGUUUCUUGUUGAAAUUUUCAGUUUAUGAGGGAAAGAAAGAAUCUGAUGAAGAAGGGCCACUAGGAGAGAAAACUGUUCUAGAGCUGACUAAGCCUUUCGAAAACAAGAACUAUUGUAUUUAUUUCGACAAUUUUUUCACGAGCUUUACUCUUCUACUGAAGCUUCUCGACCGAAAACUGUAUGGCUGUGGAACGAUGAGGCCAAACCGCAAGAAUUUUCCCAAAGACCUCCUGGUUUCAGACAAAGACCUUGAACAAGGAGAAUUCGAUAAUGUUGGUACUAGCAACAUUACAGUCAGCAAAUGGAAGGACCGUGGGAAGAAAUGCGUACUGGUUGCUUCUACAAUGCAUUCAGUGAUGGAAACAUCAACAGUUGAACGGAUGACAAAGGAAGGUGUUAGAGUUACUGUUGGUUGUCCAAAAAGCAUCGACGAUUACAACAGAAAUAUGGGCGGAGUCGAUUUAUUUGAUCAGUUACAUUCUUGUUACAGCAUUGCUUGGAAGUCGCGAAAAUGGUGGAUGAAAUUAUUUUACUACAUGAUUGAUGCUUGUAUAGUAAAUUCAUAUGUCUUAUACAAAGCAGGUGCUUCAACUAGUCAACAAAAGUAUACACCAAAAAAGCAACUUGUGUUUAGGAGCAUUCUUGCGAAUCAACUAAUCGGAACAUUUUCAGCGAGAAAAAUUCAAGGUUCAUGGUUCAUUGUGGGCAAAAACAAAGUGAAAAAAUUGGAUGGUAGGUCAGUGAAUGUUGAAAAUUCGCUUCGGUUGACGAAUGUUGGUGAUCACCUCCCUACAUCAACAUCUUCAAGAAGAUGUGCUAGGUGCAGUACCGAAAAAAAACCUAAACGCUCGAGCAUUGCUUGUACGAAAUGUCAAGUCGCACUAUGCUUGCCAUGUUUUGCACCUUUCCACAACAAAUAGACUUUAGUGAUUUGUACUUGUAUGUAAUGAAGCUAAACAUUUUCCACUUUCAAAAACUGGUCGUUAUAUCGACCAGUAUUCUUAGGGUUGUGGUUGUUGCCCUAGUGGAAUACUGGUCGAUAUACCAACCUGCUCAAAAUAAAUAAACAAUUUAUGUUUUUUCAAAGUUAAAUUGUUUCUUUUGUCACCCUAACACAUUUAUUCACAAGUGCAAGCAAAAUAGAGGAACUUACUUAAUUAUUUUAAUCUGACCUAUAAAGGGUUAAAAAAAA